AUGGCCAACCAGUUCGUUUGCUGUCUAUUGCUGUUGAUCGCAGCCACAAGUACCUAUGCUCAAUUUACCACUCACUCCGGAAUUCAAGGUGGUGUAGCAGCACCCAGUGGCGAACGGUCAUACGUCGUAUCGGUGAAGGACUCAGGUGGAUCCAUCGUCUGUGGUGGUGCUUUAUACAAUGAUGUUACCGUUAUUACCGUUGCCUCGUGUUUGGUUUUCCUCACUCCUGAAAAUUUGGUAGCAGGUGUAAACAAUGACACUAAGACCGUAAAAAUUGUGGCACAUCUUUCCCAUCCUGACUAUGGCUUCUACACAAAUGAACAUGAUGUGGCCCUCUUGAAGUUAGCAGAAUCCGUAAGUGCUGAGUACGUUAAAUUGCCCAGCAAGAAACCGGUUACCAGUUCCGCCGGCAUUGUCACUGGCUGGGAUGACAGUAAUACUUUGGUAGAUGUACCUGAAACCGUCAUAGCCCGUGCCGAUUGCGUUUCUGGCAAAUAUGGCUACGACGAUGAUGACGUUUUUGACUCAAAUGUAUGUGGUCUUGCUGAUAACCAAGCUUGCAACGCUAUUGAAGGAGUGCCAUUGGUUUCAAACAAUCAGUUGGUUGGUUUGCUUUCCUGGGGUAAUGCAUGUUCCAACAGUGCCAAUCCAGCGGUAUACACAGACGCUUUCGCUGAGAAAUCAUGGAUUGAAAGCAAUGUAAACAGUUUGUAA